AUGGCUGAUUCAAAUCCAUUCGCCGAUAGCGAAGGAGACAAUCCUUUUGCUGAUCCGUCGAUCACCUCCCAUACUACUGCAGCCCAGAGUGCUUUGGAAGGACGUCAAAAUCCCUUCGGCGAAAAUACAGUCAGGGCGUCAACGAUGACUGCUUCAAAUUCUACUGUUGCUCGUGAAAAAUCGCCUGCCACUGAGCAACGUACGUCAUCACCUGGCUCGAGACAGGAACCUAAGCCUGAGCCAGCUGUCAUGGAAACGAAACCAGCUGAUCCUCCUUCUUAUCGUGAAACUGCUUCGGCGCAAGUAAACGACUUUUACUCCAGAGAACAGGAGUUAGAACGAAAAGCAGCUGAAUUAAAGAGAAAAGAAGACGAACUCAAAAGAUCUGCUGGACCAGCUGACGGAGCGAGACCGAAUAAUUUUCCACCUUUACCAAAAAAAUGCUGUGUGCAGCCAUGUUGGUAUCAUGAUAUUGGCGUGGAUAUACCUGUGGAACAUCAAAGGCUACAAAGAAUAAUAUACUAUCUAUGGUUUGCAUACGUUUUCUUACUAAUGUAUAAUAUGAUAUGUGGUAUUGCGGGGAUGGUGCUUGGCAUGGAUAAUGGCGCACUUAAUUUUGCUUUAUCAAUUGUUUGGGAUGACAGCUCUAUGAAUUUUAUGCAAUUCUUCUUCGUGUUCUUUUUUCAAAUCAUAUUUCAAUGCGUAUGGAUUAUAGGUCCGGCUGGAUCAGGUACUUGUGGUUUUAUAGGCGGCGCAAUGGCUCUUGAUAAGAAACAGAAGCCACUCGCAGCCAUGUAUUUUAUUUGUGCUAUCUUAGCAACCAUUAUAACAAUUAUUCAAGUUUUUAUCCUGAAGAGGGUCCAUUUUAUAUAUCGUACCACCGGUGGAAGCGUAGGGAAAGCACGAAGUGAAUGGACUCAAGGUGCUGUACAAAGUGAUUUUGUUAAAGAUGCUGUUGCAGGUGCUGCAGCAACGGCUGCUAGAAAUGCUGUGGAUAACGCAGGCAGAACCGAAUAUGGUGCUAAUUACAGUGGUAAUAGGUUAGAGGUGGGAGUUACAAUUGCUAAUUUCAUUUUCAAUGAACAUCAGUUUCUAAAAAUCAACUCUGUAUAA